AUGGACGGUAAAUACCAAUAUCUCACCUUGAUAGUGGGUACAGUUGUCACUACAUACUCUGUACUACGAUGUCUUGGAUAUUCAAGAAGAUCUUGUCUCUUACCGGAGAGAAAAGAAUGUAUUGCGGAUCUCAUAGGUAAUACUCCGAUGAUGAAGAUCCGAUCUCUUUCGAAAUUGACAGGAUGCGAGAUUUACGCCAAAUUGGAAAUGGCCAAUCCUGGUGGUUCUGCCAAAGAUAGAACUGCUCUUGCAAUCAUUAGAGAAUAUGAAGAUGAGGGAAAACUAGUACCGGGUAGAGGAGAUGUUGUCUUCGAAGGUACUUCAGGAUCCACGGGAAUCUCCUUUGCCAUGCUUUGCAAUGCUUUGGGAUAUACUGCGCACAUCUGCGUUCAAAGCGACACUUCUGCGGAGAAGAUUGCGCUUUUAGAGAGCUAUGGUGCUGACGUAGAGAAGGUCAAACCGGCAUCUAUCGUGGAUCCUGAGCAGUAUGUCAAUGCAGCCCGCGCCGGAGCGGAAGCACUGUCGGCAGAUACUACUCAAGCCAACGGCGUAUUUGCCGAUCAGUUUGAAAACGAUGUCAACUGGCGCAUACAUUAUGAGACUACGGGUCCGGAAAUAUAUGAACAGAUGAAUCACGACCUUGACUACUUUAUCACUGGUUCCGGUACCGGUGGUACCAUAGCCGGAAUUGCACGGUAUUUGAAAGAGCAGAAUCCCAAUAUAUCCAUCAUUUUGGCUGACCCUCAAGGCUCCGGUAUGUUUAAUAGAGUCAGACAUGGUGUCAUGUACGAUACUGUAGAGAAAGAGGGUACUAGAAGACGUCAUCAGGUGGAUACUAUUGUUGAAGGAAUUGGUCUAAAUAGAGUUACGCAUAACUUUUUGGAAGGUGAGGACUGUAUAGACGAUAGUCAGAGGGUAACAGAUGAACAGGCCCUAAAGAUGGCUAGAUUCCUCAGUUCUAACGAUGGUUUAUUUGUUGGUGCGAGUAGUUCCAUUAACGCUGUUGCUGCUGCUAGAACAGCACUUAAGGCCAGAAAAGGCUCUAAAAUUGUCAUCAUCGGUUGCGAUUCCGGCGCAAGGCAUCUUUCCAAAUUUUGGAAAGAAGCUCUUAAGGUGGAUAGACACGUCUCGUUAGAAGAAAUCCUCGGUAAUGACAAGCUUAUAGAUAACAUUAUCCAUUAA